AGGUUACCAAGAUUUUAAAAGGACCAAGCUGGCGUUUUAUCUAGAAGGAAGAUAUUUAAUUAAUGAAGAAUUAAAAUUUGUAGAUAUUUUGAAGGAAGAUCUUGAUGAUUUUCUGGAAGAUAAAGGACCAGAAAGUGUCUUGGUAUUUCCUCCUUUCCAAAGCAGAUACAGGUAUUUGGCACAUAAGCUGAUUGACGAAUCCUUCUUUCCUGCUCUAUGCAGUUUUUCAAUCGGACCAGAAGACAAAAGACGAUUUGUUGUUGGCCGGACUACUGUAAUUGCAAGAUGCUCCUUGCCAUAUAAAUGUGUGCAUGAAAAAUUGGAACAUUUAUUUUUUGUUGAAAAGCCUGUGGCUUGUAUUUGUUCUUCAAGAUUAAAAUCAUUAAAAAUCCACCCUACAGUAAGGGGAUUAUCACCUGUUACUAAGAGGAGAGAAAAAAUGAAGGAGUUAAAAUCUGAAAGAAACAAAUCUUCUGCUGUGGAAAACAAACAUACAGAUGGACAUCAAAAAGCAAUAAAGGAGCGACAGAAAAGACCGGACAUGCAAUUUUACGUUCCGCGGGCAUUAAGAGGAGUCAAAAACAAAACAGUGCCUCUGGAAGGUGUCUAUACUGAAAGUUUACAACAACAGGAUGGUAAGAAAACAUCUCAGGAGUCAAGUGUAGAAAAUCUCGCUAACUCUCCUGAUAACCUUCUAUCUGCUUCCUCUGAGGAUAAGCAUAAAAAAAAUUCUGUAAAUACGCGUCUAAAAUCGAAGGGUAUUAAAAAUGAGUCAGAUGAUGCAUGUGCACUACCUACUGAUGAAACAGUGACUGAAUACGCCACAACCCAAUUUGCUACUUCUAGCAAUGCUGCGAUAAAUAAGAUUCUUACAGUUGCAUCUAAUUAUCCUCUAUCAAAAACAGAUGACCCACAAAAGUUGCAAAAUAGUUCAUCUGGUUGUAUGGAAACAGUUAUGCCUUGUAAUUCUAAUUGUACUGAAGUUGUUGAAGUGGCUGAUAAUACAAAUGUGGUUGUUUCUGAAAACGUAACAGAAAAUAUUGAAGACUUUAUUAUUAUCAAAAAUAUGUCAUCCAGCAUAGGUUUCAAAAAAGAAGAAACAGAUUCUCCUGUAAACAGUUUUCCAUCUAAGAAUGUUGACAGUAAACCAAAUUGUAAUGUUCUAGAAAAUGUUUUAUGCAGUGGUCUAGAUACGAAGAGUGAAAUUUCCAGUACAGCUACCUCUGAUAUGGAUUCAUUAAAUAUAAGUGAUAAAUCUGAUGAAAUGCAUGCAAGUUCAAAAACCACUGAAUCCAACAAUACCCCUCCUAAAGAAAAAGAUGACUCUUGGGAAUCCAUGUUUGAUGAUGAUGGAGAAUGUUUAGACUCAAACUUAGUGAAAGAAUUAAGUAGUGUCACAGGAAAAAUUCAAGUUCGUGCUGCCAAAAACAGUUAUGCAGAUUUUCAGCCAGUAUCUGAGAUUGUGCCACAAGAAUAUGACAACAUAGUGGAAUUGUAUGAUUUUCCUAGAGAAUUUGUGACACAAGAUUUAGUUUCUGCAUUUUCUAUUUUUCAGCAGUCUAGUUUUUCAAUCAAGUGGGUAGAUGACUGUCAUGCAUUAGCUAUAUUUACUAGCCCCACACUGGCAAAUCAAGCUUUACAGAUGAAACAUCCCUUUAUGAAAGUCCGUCCUCUUUCUGAGGGAAUAAAAGAGUCAAAGACUAAAGCAAGAUGGUGUGCUAAUCAUUCGGAGCCUCAAAAACCCAGACCAGCAACAUCGGCAGUGCUCGCUAGACGGCUUGUUUCUGGUGCUCUUGGUCUUAGAGUUCAAGCCACUAAAGAACAGAGAGAUCAUGAAAGAAGUGUUCUUAAGGAAGCAAAAGAAAAACGAAGACUGAAAGCCAAGCAGAAAGAAGCUAUAUGGGAUGGUUCAGUAGAAUGAUUUCCUCAAAAAAAAAAAAAAAAAAAAAAAAUUCUAUGCGUAUUGAUGUCAACUUCAGUUCAGAGCUUAUCAGAGAAUCUUAAUGUUUUUAAAUGUUUUGGAAACUUUUGGAUGUUUCCCUUGAAGUCUUCAGUAAUCAGCUUCCAAUAUUCCUUCCUAAUGUAUAACCAUUAUUUAGUUGAUUGGUACAAAAUAAUCUAGAUAUGUGCCUUGAAUAAGUUUUUAUUUAAUGAAUUCAAAAUAAAGAACGAAAUCGUAUUUGACAAAUUAAGACUUAUAUCGAGGACUAGUUGCAUUCUAGUUGUCUAGUUGAAGACAAAUAUAACACAUUUGUGUAUAUUUAUCUAUGCACUUACAAUAUAUAGAUCCAUUUAAUAAUUUCUAUUCAGGCCUUGCAUCUUGAUUUUUAUUUUCAAAGUGUGACUUUUAAGUCGUUAAAUUUUUCCAACAAGAUUUUUUUUUCUUUUUAUAAUUAGAUUAUUGUCUAUAAGUUUGGAACUGGGCUUAUCUUUUCAUAAAUUCCUUUUGUUAGCUGUUUUAUUCUUAAAAGAUGAAAAUAUAGCCAUUUUAAUGAAACACUUGGAACAUUAUUUUGAAAAGUUUAUUAUGAGAUAGUAAAAAAGAUCUAAGCAUACCCAUAAAGUCUGAAACAUUUUUGCAUGAUUUUUGAUAUACCUUUUUAUUUAAAUUAGACAAGCGAGGAAAAUAACUAAAAGAUUACGUAGAAAAGUUUUUUUUUUUUUUAAAGAAAUAUCAUGGUUUACUCUUUUAAUGUUGCUGAACUAAUUCAGAAGUAAAAUUCUCAACGGAGUGCUCAAGUUUCGUUUUUUUUUUUUUUUUUUUUGUCACAUGCUCCAUACAUAGAGUUCCAUUUUCUUGUACUCUAAAUAAUUUAAUCGGAUUGCGUUUUUAAAGAGUUUUGACCGGUUUGAAGUCUAUUAAUUUUAAAGAAAACUUUAUAUUCGGUAUUAAUCAAUAUCUGUAAUGAAUAUAUAUACGAAAAAAAAUAAGUUACAUGAGGCUUUUCCUACAUUCGAUAGAUUGUUUUUCUAAACUUUGUAGUGCUAAAAAUUUUUUCAUGUAUUAAAAAAAGAAUAUCUCUAGUUUAACUCAUUGCUUGUUUUUGUCUGAAAAUUGCAAAAUGUUAUCCGGAUAACUAUAAUUAUUUACCCUCCCCCUCUUCCUAUCUUAAUCAGUAAAGUGUAAAAUUUAAUAAAUUCAUUUUCCUGUUUGCCAUCAUUAAUCUUAUCUGAAUUUACAUCUUAACAAUUAGUGUUUUUAUUAAUAAUUUUUGUGUGAUAAGUUAGAUAUAUAUAUGACGUUUUAAUCUAUGCUUCAAAAUAGUGUAAAUGUUGUUUAAACAAGUCUCCAGGAAUCAAAUUUCAAUAUCCCCUACUAUUGUGAAACUUAUUUUGUUGAUUUAUGUAAAAUAAUCGUUUGAAGUGUAAUUUAGUGUGCCCCCCGAGUUUGUCGCCAAUAUUGCAACCCAACGAACGAUCUUCUAGCAACCCUUGUUUUGUUUAUUACUUUUUUUACUGGUUGAGUUGUACAUGAGCUACAACUAUUUAUAGAAAAUGUUUAAUAGAUAUUUUUUUUCAUUAUUUUUAAUUUAAGAUUUUAAUUUAGUUCUGUAUUAUAAUUAAAAGUUUUUUUUUUUUACUACUAAUAAGACACUGCAAUUUUAUUUUUAAUGUGAGUAUACGAACAGAAAACAUUUAUUCCUUUGCAAUUCUUAACUUUCGGAAUGCGCUUUAAGAAAUCGUCUGAUUUCCUUGCAGUUCUCGUAAUUUUUUUUUGUGCUCUGACGGUUCCAUAGAUAAAUUGUAUUGUUAUGGCAUUUGUGCAAGAAUGGAUACCGGGUGAAUGCGAUGCCAGGAAUUAUUUCGAAUCUGCAGAAUGGAUGAAGGGUGAAUGGAAUAUAUAUUUACCAGUAGGUGAAGUUGGGAAAAGGAUGCUUGUUUGAAAUUUUGUAUGGAGAAGGCUCCGAUUGCUCCUUCCUCUAUUCUUUAUUUUCUUUUGGUUAUGUAUUGUUCCUCUUAUCCACACAAUCCUUAUGUUCAAUGUGUUAGCGAAGCUACUAGGUUCCCGCUUAUCAAAAACUUCAAGUUUGUUGUUGCCUGAAUAUUUGUAAAGGAUAUGUGCGGGGUAUUAUUUUUAAUUAAUAAUAUACAAUAUGAUUCUAUUUUUUGGCAUUGAAUGCUUUUUUUUUUUUAUUUUGUGAUGUUAAAAGGUUUUGUUUAGUACUUCAAAAAUCAAAAAAAUAUUAUCUCUAGUUCACCUUGCCGUAUGUUUUUUUGUUUGCAAAUCGGCGAAAUAGUUUCUGGUUAACAAUAAUCCUCGUACUGUUCGAACUACUUUGACAUCAUAAAUCCUAUUUGUUUGUAAUUACAUCCUUUAAAUAAGUAUUUGAUAAGAUUUAUUAAAUACUGUGUUAUCAAUAGGUUCUUAUUGACAACAAAGCUUUUGAUAAAUUUGCUGUAUUAAAAUAUACAUACGACCUUUUUAA